ACUGUGACGGUUUGUUUGUGUGUCCGGCCGUGGCUCAGGAAACAGCGAGACCGUCUGGCUCAGGGAGGACACUUACAUAUGUUCAGACAUGAGGCAGUUUGUGAUUCAAGUGGUCAUUCCUGUGACUCUUGUGAUAUGUAUUCUUUUUUCACUUCCAAUGGUGUGUGGCCACGGCCAUAGUCAUGACCACCAUGGCCAUACUCAUGACCAUCAUGGCCAUACUCAUGACCAUCAUGGGCAGGUACAAGAAGAAGAAGAACCUCCGGCAUUUAAAUGGAGUAAACAAGCAAACGAGCCUUAUCAGCGAGAAGAACCUGUUCACGAGGAACCACACGUCCACCAUGAAGCAGAUGGUUCAGCUCCUGUCACGCCACAGAAAAACAAUAUAUGGCUGGAGGCACUUUGUGCUACUCUAGUUAUUAGUAUUGCUCCAUACUUGAUUCUUUUCUUUAUUCCCGUGACAAACAGUAAAGAACAUGAGCCGUUUCUGAAGGUCCUUCUUGCAUUUGCCUCCGGUGGUCUUCUUGGAGAUGCAUUCCUGCAUUUGAUUCCUCAUGCACUCAUGGCCAAGGCAGCAGCUGGUGGUGACUCACACACUCACUCACACUCACACUCUCAUGAAGCUGACGGUGAGGCUGGUCACUCCCACGAUAAUAGCAUCGGCUUGGCUGUGCUGGGGGGCAUCAUCGCAUUCCUCGUUGUGGAGAAAUUUGUGCGCAUCUUUAAGGGGAGUCAUUCGCACUCCCACUCUCAUGCUGUUCCUGCAGUACAAAAUGAGAAGACCAAGACAAACAGUGGAGAGAAGACUGAUGAUGAGAAAAGAAAAAAGAAUGAAAAAAAGAAAAAUUCAAAACAAGCCGAUAAAAAACCUGAAGGAGAUAUAAAGGUUGCUGGAUACCUCAACCUGGCUGCUGACUUCACACACAACCUAACUGAUGGGCUUGCAAUUGGUGCCUCAUUUCUUGCCGGCAAGAAUGUUGGGAUAGUCACCACAGUCACCAUCUUUCUGCACGAAAUUCCUCAUGAAAUUGGAGACUUUGCUAUUCUUUUACAAUCUGGAUGCAGCCGAAGAAAGGCUAUGAUGCUGCAGCUGGUAACUGCUUUUGGUGCUCUAACAGGCACUGUGAUCUCCUUAUUGGCUGAUGGUGCAGAUGAGUCUGCCACAGCUUGGAUCCUGCCAUUCACCGCUGGUGGCUUCAUCUACAUUGCUACAGUGUCCGUCAUCCCAGAACUGCUAGAAAAUACUCGGUUUUGGCAGUCUGUGUUUGAAGUAGUUGCCCUCCUCAGUGGUGUAGCUCUUAUGAUGGCCAUCGCCCACCUUGAAGAGAUGGGUCAUGACCAUUAACCAGUUGGCAGAUGUACUGUUACAGAACAGACUCUGGGCCACCAACGGUAACUUGGCUUUGCCCGGGAAUAUGUUUGACCAUAUGGAAAAAAUUGGCAUCGGUUGGUAAGUACAUUGAGUCGUGUGGAGGCAAGUGAUUAACUUUAUAUUGCUGCAUCACUAAACUCACUCAUAAAUAAUGGCACUCACUUUAAUUCUAUAUUGGAAAGUAUCAUUGUGUGAGGAAUGUCCCAUUAGACAAGUUACUUUUAAUAUAUUGAAGACUUUACAUUCGUGAAUAAUUUUUUGCUGCAAUUUGUUUAAAAAUUUUACUGUUAUAUAUUGGCAUAUACAGCUUAGUUGGGUCAAUGUGUGCUCAUAUCAGGGUCUUCCUUUCCAAAAAUAAAAUAAAAUUAGUAUUUGAUAUAUACAGUAAACUGUACUGUACUGUAUAUAGGUUUUUAAUUGAUAUAGUACCACAAUUAUCCUAUAACUGUACGGAUUUUAUUUGUGUAAUUAAAGUACACAUUUUAAAUGUACAGUAAUAAUACUGUAGUAGUUUAUACGUAGUUAUAUUUGUUGAACCCUGCAUUUCAGUAUCUGGACACAUUCCAAGUAUCUGUUGUACAGUAUCUCAAAAAUAUAUUUGUCCUCACUCUGUGUGAAACAUUAUGACACCACUGAUGAUUAAUAAUGCGUUGGAACUUGCACUUACUUUGGUAUAUAGUUUAACACGAGUAAUAUAAUGUGUAUUUAUUUUGGCUUACUUAAUAUGAUGUUCGGUUAACAAAUAUAGUAAGACCAGUAUAUUACAGGGCCAUGCAUACCAACCCUCCCGGGACAUCACGAAUUACUUGUAGCAUUUCGGAAGUCGUCAGACCCAUCCUGGCAGAUACAUUUUUGAGAUACUGUACAUUUAGUUUUGUACUGUACUGAGGUUGUGAUGCAUAAUGAUACUCAACUGAUUGUGUAGGGUUGAGGCAGAAGAGGUGGACCAGACUUCCUGCAGAAAAGACUUUAAAUAAUUUUUUGGUUUGUAUUUGGUUUUUGGCACUGGGUAACUUUCUUUUACUUGCACAAAUUUGAGGCUUCACCAUGUUUUAUUCUUUCCUGGUAGUACUGCACACUGUAGUGUCUUCUUGAGUUCUUGAAAAAUACUAUUGUUGAUAGAUAUAUUCUAGAUUGUACUAAUUUUAUAGCUUCUUAAUGAUAGUGAUGACUGCCCUACUUAAUUCAUUAUUAUACAUAUACAGUAAGCUGUGCAAAGAAAAGAAAUUAUAUUUUUAACAGAUUGUAUUUUUCAUAAUAGUAAGGGGGAAUUUGUGUAAUGUUAACAUUUUGAGUAAUAGGACAGGUAAAAAUAUACUACCUACAUAUUAUCAUAUCUUCCAUUGUUGUAAGUUGAGUUAGAGGUGUAUUAGACGUCAACCUUGUAUCUUGAGCUGCAUAUCUUACUUUUUUGGGGGUUCGGGGAAGAUCGUGUGGAAUCUCAAACAUAAUACAUGACCGAGUGAAGAAGUGGUGCAUGGUUUUCUAAUAAGGAAGUUUUACAUCAUUGUAAGGAAGCUUUAACCACCUCUGCCUGUACUGUUCAUGUUUUUUAUCACUCUUCCUUUUGUCUUUGUGUAAAAUAACCCUGAUCCCUUAUACUCUUGUUUCUCAGUGCACUCAAGUGGUCGCGACUUAAACACUUUUGUGAUGACUCGACCAGCUUGUUGAAUUCUUUAGUAAGUGUUUAAUACUAAAAAGGUGUGGAGAUGGUCAGUGGCUUAGGUGUUAUGGUAAGAUUGUACAAGUAUCUACACCUAUAGACCUGGAUAGAACGAGGUAUAGAAGAUAAUUUUAGAACUGAGGGAUUAAACUGUGCUAUGAAAUAUUUAACACUGCUUCAACCAAACAGAUUUAAUUUCAUUGUGUUGAUGUUAGCCUACAUUAUAAUAUGUUUUAUAAGUUUUAGAUCAACAUAUACAGUAUAAUGUUGAAUAACUAAGAGAGGAAAUUGAUGAUAAAUAUGUGAAAUAGGGAUAAAUAUACUGUAGUUUAAAAUUGUUGAAAUUAAUGAGGUACAAAGAAUCAUUCUAGUGCAAUGGUUUUUCAAGUAAGAGACACAGCUUUUGAGACAAUUUGCACUUGUUGUAAUGUACAUCACUGGUUAAGAAAUAAAAUGACAUUCAUUAUGUGUGGAGUACAA